CUCGUGUUGGCGGGGCCGUCGCUCCCGCCGUGGGUGCGCGGCCCGGGAUGUGGUUUGGCAUUGGUGCGGGUGGCAGCCGGCCUGCUGCGGGCCCUGGGUGUGCUCUGGGGGUGUAGCUGAGGGUGGCAGGUGUUCCCUCAGGCCCUCCGGGAGAGCAGCAGCUCCUCUCGUGCGGACCCGGCGGCAGCCCGUGAGUGGCGGGGCUGCAGCAGCACAGCGGCCGGGGGAAGGCGCUGCCCUGCUGGGUUCGCUGCUCAGGCGCCUGACGGUCGCUCCGAAGCCCGGAGCCUGUCUGGGACAGCCCGGAACCGGGCGGGGCGGGGCGGAGCGGCUGCUGCGGGAAGCGAAACCGAAAGGGAGCUCGCUGCCAUCUUGGCGGCUCCUCGGUACCGCUCCGCCGGGACGCGGCCCGCGGGACCGCCUUUCUUUUUCCCCUGUACUUCCUCAUAAAAUAAUUUGGCGUGCGGAUGAGACUGAGGGCGGGAGAAUCUGGAGUGAGUGGCAGCUGCUCUCCUGGCUCCUCAGCAGCCUGGUUCCCCCGUGCGUCCCCGGAGUGCGCUAUGAUCAGAGGCACUGGGCGAGGCAGAGGCUUGUGUCUUACCCAGCACUGCCCCAGCACUAACCGAGGUCUUUUUAACCACCCUCGUACCCCACAAGAAACUAAUCCGGAAACCUUUUUACACCAGCAGUUCCUGGCAGAGCAGGAGGCUGAAGUCUGUGUGUUGCAGGGACAGGGAUCGCACAAGGAGCCGCGCAGCAGAGGCGGGACGCCGGCUCCUGCAGGCAGAUGGCAGCCCAGCCCCGGCAGGCCUGCAGGGCGUAGCUUCUCCAGCCAGCUUCCCCGGCUUGAGACUGUGCCUCGCCACUGCCCUCCGCAGUACCAUCGUCAGGAGAGCUCCAGGAGAGAUUCUGACUCUGUGAGGCUGGAUUUCCAACGACUGUCUCUUGCUGGGCAAGACUGUGAACGAGAAAUUCUGACUGUUCUCAGGCAGCUUGGGGAGGGGAGGACUUGCACGGCUAUUGAUCUGGCACGCAAACUCAAAACUCAAAAGAAAGAGGUCAACCGGGUUUUGUAUAAACUCUUAAGAGAAGGCAAGUUGCACAAAGGGGGAGAGACACGGCCACUGUGGAGAAUUGCCAGCCCUAGCUCAGGGAGGGAAGGAAACCCUACUGACCACAGUGCCAGUUGCACAGAUCCAGCUUGUGAGGGCAGAGGGGGAGAGCAGAGCACACUUGGCUUGGGAGACACAGACAUGGCUGAGACAAAGGAGAAAAUCUGCAACUACUUGUUCAGUGUGGUAGAAACAACAGCUCUCAAUCUUGCCAAAAACAUUGGGCUUUCCAGAGCCAAGGAUGUGAAUGCAUUUCUUAGCGCUCUGGAAAAGCUGGGAGAUGUCCACAAGCAGAAUGCAACUCCUCCACGAUGGUCCCUGACAAACAGGAAACGGGAGAGGAUGCAGAUGAGGCUGAAGGCCAGCACAGUAAUGCAGAUGGCAGAUCCCACACCUCCUGAGUCAGGUCUUCCCUCUUCCUUUGUCCCUCCAUGUCCCCCAGAGAUGACUACAGCUUUGCCAGCAGUGAAGGAAGAAAGUGUAGAAAAUGAGCAGCAGCCUUUGGGUCAAGCUGGUCAAGGCAAUGUUGGUGACACAGAAGCAGAUGCAUCUGAGGACAUUAAGCCUGAAUUCUCCAGUUUGAGUAAUUAUGAUAACUCAGAAAACAGCAAGUGGACCACAGAUGAUAUCCCAGAUAAUCUGAAUGCUAUCAACAAGCAGCCUGAUAAGUCAGAAUGCAUCAUGAAUUCUGAGUCUUCCCCCAGUUAUGCUGCCCAGUUCGAAACUGCUUUCCCAUGUUCACCUGUAGAGAAACUGAUAGCUUGUCAGGAGAAGAACCCAGUGAGUGGCCUUACAGAAUAUUCCCAGUACACAUACCAACACUGUGAUUUUGUCAUGCUGGAGCAGAAUGGCCCCUCUCAUGAGCCACGGUUUAAGUUCCAGGCAGUGAUUAAUGGGCGCCGAUUCCCACCAGCAGAGGCAGGGAGCAAAAAAUUGGCUAAGCAGGAGGCAGCAGCUAAUGCAAUGAAGGUCCUGAUAAGUGAAGUGGAGAAUGGAAGGCAUGGUGGAAUUAAAUGUGAAGAGCCAUUUCCCUCUGACAGCUCAGAACCAGAAUCGUCUUUGCAGCUGGAGCCAGAGCUGUCACCUGCAGCAGCUCACCUCAACCUGCUUCCUGGGAAGCACCCUAUCAGCGUGCUAAUGGAGUAUGGUCAAAAAUCAGGGAACAUAGUUGAGUUCCAGCUGCUCUCUCAGGAUGGCCCACCUCAUGAUCCUAGGUUCAGCUACUGUGUGAAAAUGGGUGACCAAAUUUUCCCCGCUGUGGUAGGAAACAGCAAGAAGGGAGCAAAGCAAAUGGCAGCAGAAGUUGCUGUGAAGAUUCUUUCUGGAGAGUCUGUACCCCAUGUCUUGCCUGAACAGCCUGUUGAGAAGCCCCACAGUGACCAGCCCACGCACAAUAUUGCCACUCCAGAUGAAUCCAAGGUGAUGAAAACGAAGGGUGUUGGGGAGCUCAUCAAAUACCUUAAUGUCAAUCCUGUCAGUGGCCUGCUGGAAUAUGCCCGUUCCAAUGGGUUUGCUGCAGAGUUCAAACUCAUUGACCAGUCAGGACCUCCCCAUGACCCCAAGUUUGUGUAUCAGGCGAAGGUUGGUGGCCGCUGGUUCCCAGCUGUAACUGCCCACAACAAAAAGCAGGGCAAGCAGGAGGCAGCUGAUGCAGCACUGAGAGUCCUGAUUGGGGAGUCAGAGAAGACUGAGCGCAUGGAAGGGAUGAGUGUCACUGAGCUCCCUGUGAGUGGCAGCACCCUGCACGAUCAGAUGGCCAUGCUGAGCCACCAGCGCUUCAACAGCCUGACCGCUCGCAUCCAGCACAGCCUGCUGGGCCGCAAGAUCCUGGCUGCCAUCAUCAUGAGGAGAGCAGACCAGGGCUUGGGAGUGGUGGUCAGCAUUGGAACAGGUAAUCGCUGUGUGAAAGGAGAAGAGCUAAGCUUAAAGGGGGAGACAGUAAAUGACUGUCAUGCAGAAAUCAUUUCUCGAAGAGGCUUUGUGAGGUUUCUUUACAGUGAGCUCAUGAAGUAUGACCCGUCCAAUCCUUCUUCUGCAGAAGAGAGCAUUUUUGAGCAAGCAGGAGGAAAGAAACUCAGAAUAAAGAGCAGUGUUACCUUUCACCUCUACGUCAGCACAGCACCGUGUGGAGAUGGAGCACUCUUUGAUAAAUCCUGCAGCGAUCAGGCAAAUGAGGUGGGACAGCCCCAACACCAGCCUCUCUUUGAGAACCCCAAGCAAGGCAAGCUGCGGACCAAGGUGGAGAAUGGGGAAGGUACCAUUCCUGUGGAGUCGAGUGACAUUGUGCCCACGUGGGACGGGAUCCAGCACGGGGAGCGGUUACGAACCAUGUCCUGCAGUGACAAAAUCCUGCGCUGGAAUGUGCUUGGCUUGCAAGGGGCAUUGCUGUCACACUUCCUAGAGCCGGUUUAUCUCCGCUCUGUCACACUCGGUUAUUUGUACAGUCAGGGUCACUUGACACGUGCCAUCUGCUGCCGCAUGGAGCGGGAUGGGAGCACGCUGAAGGAAAAGCUCCAGGCUCCAUAUCACAUUAACCAUCCUGAGGUUGGGCGAGUCAGCGUGUAUGACUCUGCAAGGCAGACGGGCAAGACGAAGGAGUCCUCGGUGAAUUGGUGUCUUGCUGAUGAAAGCGAAGUUGAAGUCUUGGAUGGCACCAAAGGGAAAGUAGAUGGUCUGAAGCUGGAGGUGUCUCGCGUGUCCAAGAGGGAAAUGUUCACCCUGUUCCAGCAGCUCUGUGCAAAGAACAGCCGCAGAGACCUGCUGGGCUUCUCGGUGUACUCAGAUGCCAAGGAGGCAGCCACAGCAUACCAGGCAGCCAAGCAGUGCUUCUUCAGCACCCUGGAAGAGCUGGGCUACGGCAGCUGGAUCCGCAAACCCCAGGAGGAAGAAAAUUUCUCUGUCCUUGAUGCAUAAGGAAGCGCUCUGCAAGGGGUGGUGGAUGAACGUGCACGGCUGUGCUCAUCCUUCUUUUACCACGUUUUUGGAGUGGAAUCAGGACUGUGCAGCAGUUUCCUCAGAGGCCCAGCUGCCAUGUCCCUGUUACUCAGACCCUGUGUUUCUAAAAUGUGCAUGUAAAUGCUUCUCCCUUUUUUAAUCAAGGGCAGGUUCAGUCCUCAUUUGCUUUUUUAUAGUUUUAUCUGUCCCCCCUUUUU